AUGGUUGAGCUGGACGUGUAUCUGUACCCAGAUGGCGUGAGGGUGGUCACCCCGGAGGGCGAGGAGGAUGUGGUCCCCAGGAGACUGGUGGAAAAGGACGAGGUGCGGAUAUUCGUGGCCCUCUUCCCGUACGACCCUGCCGUCAUGUCCCCCAACCCAGACGCCUCAGAGGAGGAGCUACCCUUCAAGGAGGGGCAAAUCAUCAUGGUGUACGGCGAUAAAGACGCAGACGGUUUCUACCGCGGGGAGUCCCUCGGCCGCUUCGGCUACGUGCCCUGCAACAUGGUGUCCGAGAUCCACGUGGAGGACGAGAAGGCCAGGGCACAGCUGCUGAAGAAGGGAUUCCUGUCUCCGGAGUCCUCGAUUGAAAAGAAAGAUCCCAAACAGCCUCCCAACGGGCCCAAAAGCAGAGCUCCUCGCAGGAUGGUGGCCAUCUUCGAUUAUGACCCCCAGGAGAGCUCCCCCAACACAGACAUCGAGGCGGAGCUAUCCUUCUCUUCAGGGGAUAUUAUCUACGUGUUUGGCGACAUGGACGAGGACGGGUUCUAUUAUGGAGACCUUAACGGGCAGCGGGGCCUGGUGCCGUCCAACUUCCUCCAGGCCCUUCCGGAACCCGUGGAACCGGCACCUGCUAGCGAGGAACAUGACCAAGAGGUCCUGGAGAAAAGGCGAGCAACCCAGAAACGGAGGGGGAGUGUCUUCAUCAAGUCCUGAGUAUGACAGUGACCGUGUGAAAAGAAGACUCAAACACCAGUGAGAAGAUCAGAGGAAACCCGAGCAUCAGACCCAGCUCCUCACAGCUUUCCUCCCCAGCUCCAUCGCCAUGGGAAACCCCGCAGAGAUGGACACCUCAACCUCUCUCCACUGACAGAACCUCACUUUGAUGCAAACACUGAAUUUUCAGCGCUCACUACCCCUGACUCCGGCCUGGGGGGUAACUGGAUCAGUACAAGACACAUUCUGGGUCCAGAGUUACACAUCUGAGCAUGCUCAACCCAACUGAAAACAUGGCGGAACAAUGGAAAGCAGUGAACCAGGCCAUGAUCUAGCAACAGUGGGAAAAGGGAACUGUCAACAGAACAUUCACAUUUGAAGUACUGAAGGCCUGUAGGACUGAAACAAUCAUCUUUCCUCUUCCGACAGUCAGUAUGGAACUCAUAGUAUUCCAUCACUCUGUAUAAUGUUGUAUGGGCUUGGUGGACAAAAACUAUUCUCCUAACACAUGUAAUUCAGGAAAUGGACAGUUGUGAAUUUCUCUAUGCUGCUGCUACAGCUUGUGUUACCUUCUGCAUCCAGCGGGACUGUCAUCAAGUCAGUUAUCCUUCUUUACUUCUUUUUUUUAAUCUACUUUUGAUGGAAGAGUGCAA